UCCUCAGCUGGCAGCAGGGGGUGGUAACGCCGGCCCUGGGCACCUCCUCGGGUGGUUGUGCGGAUAGCCAGCUGGAGAUGGCGCCUGGUUAACUCGCAUGCCCCCUCCCAUGAUUUUAUAAGAAUCGGAAGCCAUGCCCCAGAGUUCAACACAUGCUCCCAGUCACAACAACCACUCCAUUUAUUGAGCACCAUCCGAGAUCCCACCCUAGGGAUGGAUGAUUUCACCACCGCCGUUUCGGUCAUAGUUGGGUCCUUUGCCCUGCUCUUCGGCUGGAGGAAAUUCAGGAGGGGGCCCCCACCACCGGCCCCCACCGCCAACCCUCCGCCGGCCGUCACAACCCGACCCACGGCUGUCACCGACCGCGAGGCCAAGCGGCAUGUCCAGGAGGCGUGCUGGAUCCACCAGCGGUGGUCCGUCGCCGAGAACACCCACGUCGCCUGCUUCGACCUGUUCACGAUCCUGGCAACCGACGAGGCCUCGUUCUGCGGUGAGGCCGACUCCUUCGCCGCAGUCGUCGGGCCGUCGAUGCAAGACCACUCCAUGACCGGCGAGGAGAAGACGCGCGUGAUGAUGAGCGCGUGGAAAUACCUGAGUGAUCCCGAGAGAUACCACACCUACACCACGGUCCUCGCGCCGCUCGUCGCCAAGCAGAAGCAUGAUCUCAAGCUGGACUGUGUGGCCCGGCCCGUAGGCAGGGCGCCACCGCCAGGACUUGGCGCCAUGUCAAAUAUCUGUGGGUGGUGACACUGCGUGCCAGGCCAAGGGGCCAUCGUGGUUGACUCGACACGGCGGGUCGGAGACGGAGCUGUCUGGGGUUGGGGUUGCUUGCUUGGGGGGGGUCCUUAAGUCUGUCAUGUCAGUAGCUCACGAUAACACGAACCAAGGACCACACCCAUUUCACCUAUUCCUGUUCCACGGCAUUCCUUGUAGCACUACCAUCCACAUGAG